AUGCUCGAAGACCCCUCGUAUUCCUCGGUAGUUCGUUGGAGCGACGAUGGCGACAGUUUUGUUGUGCUCGAAAAUGAAAAGUUUACCAAGUCCAUUCUACCCAAACAUUUUAAACAUUCCAAUUUCGCCAGCUUUGUCCGCCAAUUGAACAAGUACGACUUCCACAAGGUGCGACAGAACAAUGAGGACGGUGGAACGUCAAUAUACGGCGCAAAUGCCUGGGAGUUCCGCCAUCCUGAGUUUAAAGCGAACAGCAAAGACACCCUGGACAACAUCAGACGCAAGGCUCCUGCGCCCCGCAAGACAUCCAACCUUAGCGAGGAUCAGAUCUCGAUUCAGCAGAUUGACCUAAUGAACCAACAGAUUGUAGCACAAGCCCAACAGAUCGAGUCUUUGGUGCAGACGACUACCCAGCUUCAGAUGAAUCACCAAAUGGUGGUCCAAGAACUCCUGCGCCUACAGAAAACCGUGGUCAACCAUGACCGAGUCAUGCAGGAUGUCAUGAGCUAUUUGCAUUCGGUGGACGCGAAGCAGCGAAGGGACAGCAAAGGCCUGUUUGCUCCUCAAGCGGACCAGGCGCAGACGGGGACCACUUUGACACCCACCAGCCAAAACAUGCCUCCGCAAGAAGAUGACAUUCCAGCCUCUCCGUUGCAGCAUGCCUCGAAGCUUCUCAACGAGGUCAAACCUGACGGUCAGUUUAACACGGCUGGCUUGGAGCAGUUGAACACCAACAUGGCGACUCCGCCCAAUCCACAGGAUCCUCGCAGUGCUCAGCUCCGAGGGAACAACUCGGCCACGUCCAGCGGUAGCAUGGGAUAUGUAAAGAUGAAUCCGAAUGAUAUGGAUGCCAUCGUUUACCCCAUGGGUUCCAACAACGGCAUUGAUCCCAUGUACAGCGAGCACAUCAACAACAUCCCCUAUCCCAUGCCCUCGAGAGAAACACAAGAUCCGCGGGCCCAGUUUGCCGACACCCGCAAGAAGAGUGGUCUGGUUGACCCCGGUUGGAGUCGGCCGCCUAGGAUCCUGUUGGUCGAGGAUGACCCGACUUGUCGACAGAUCGGAGGCAAAUUCCUGUAUUCAUUUUCCUGCGUGGUCGAUUGUGCCUUGGACGGUCUGGAGGCGGUCAGCAAGAUGCAAGAAGGCAUCAAGUACGACAUGAUCCUCAUGGAUAUCAUCAUGCCGAACCUGGAUGGCGUCUCGGCGUGUCAUAUCAUCCGGCAAUUUGAUCGCACCCCGAUUGUGGCCAUGACGUCUAACAUCCGAUCGGACGAUAUUCAAAUGUAUUUCCACCACGGCAUGGAUGACGUCUUACCUAAACCUUUUACUCGCAAGUCCCUCCUGGAUAUGUUGGAGAAACAUCUCAUGCAUUUGAAAAAGCUUCCGCAGGGAAGAGACGUACAACAGCAAUCCGCCUCAACAGCCAUGGGUCAGUCCGGCGGACCGUCCUCUUCAGGGCAGUCGGUACGCGAUGACAUGUCCGCUGGGACGUCUCCGGCCGGAUCGAGUGGAGCGUGGAACUCUCCAAGCCAGUAUUCGGGGUUGUCGCCUGCGAAUGCCAACAUGACUUUCACGGGACUACCUCAGCAACAACAACAAUUCAUGGACAUGAAUGGGAAUACAUAUUCGACAGGGCCCCAGACGCCCAUGGGGAUGCGACAAGGAGUAAUGCAACAACAAAUGCAGAGGAGGGGUCAAGCCGAGAUGAGUGGAGGUGGUGAGAUGGGAAAUGCGAAUAAACGCCAACGGAUAUACGCCCCACAGCAGUCUAUGGCGGCGCCUAUGCGACAAUAA